AUGCCUCCAUCACCGUGCCUCCAUCACCGUGCCUCCAUCACCGUGCCUCCAUCAUCGUGCCUCCAUCACCGUGCCUCCAUCUGCAUGCUUCCAUCACCGUGCCUCCAUCACCGUGCCUCCAUCACCGUGCCUCCAUCUGCAUGCUUCCAUCACGAUGCCUUCAUCACCGUGCCUCCAUCAGCAUGCUUCCAUCACCGUGCCUCCAUCACCGUGCCUCCUUCUGCGUGCCUCCAUCAGCGUGCCUCCAUCACCGUGCCUCCAUCACCGUGCCUCCAUCACCAUGCCUCCAUCACCGUGCCUCCAUCUGCAUGCCUCCAUCACCGUGCCUCGAUCACUGUGCCUCCAUCUGCAUGCUUCCAUCACCAUGCCUUCAUCACCAUGCCUCCAUCACCGUGCCUCCAUCUGUAUGCUUCCAUCACCAUGCCUCCAUCACCGUGCCUCCAUCUGCAUGCCUCCAUCACCAUGCCUCCAUCACCAUGCCUCCAUCACCAUGCCUCCAUCAGCAUGCUUCCAUCACCGUGCCUCCAUCACCGUGCCUCCAUCACCGUGCCUCCAUCACCAUGCCUCCAUCACCAUGCCUCCAUCUGCAUGCCUCCAUCACCGUGCCUCCAUCACCGUGCCUCCAUCACCGUGCCUCCAUCACCGUGCCUCCAUCUGCAUGCCUCCAUCACCGUGCCUCCAUCACCGUGCCUCCAUCACCGUGCCUCCAUCACCGUGCCUCCAUCAGCAUGGCUCCAUCACCGUGCCUCCAUCUGCAUGCCUCCAUCAGCAUGGCUCCAUCACCGUGCCUCCAUCACCAUGCCUCCAUCACCAUGCCUCCAUCUGCAUGCCUCCAUCAGCAUGCCUCCAUCUGCAUGCCUCCAUCACCAUGCCUCCAUCUGCAUGCCUCCAUCACCGUGCCUCCAUCUGCAUGCCUCCAUCACCGUGCCUCCAUCUGCAUGCCUCCAUCACCAUGCCUCCAUCUGCAUGCCUCCAUCACCGUGCCUCCAUCUGCAUGCCUCCAUCACCGUGCCUCCAUCACCGUGCCUCCAUCUGCAUGCUUCACUGUUGGUCAUCCUGCAACUCACUGAGUGA